AUGAUGGGAUACGGGGGUCAUCAGUAUCAUCAACAGCGUCAAUCGCAGCAGAAUGCCCAUCCCCAGCAGCAGCACCAACUGCAAUCGCCUUCGCUGGGUGCGGCUGCUGCGCAUUCAGGCCAUGGCAGCAAUGGCAUUGCUGGCAACAGUUCCCUGCUCCGGGGCCAGCAGCAGUCAGAUCUGUCAAGUCAUUCGCCAGAUCUGAGGAAGAUAACUCCCUCGUCGUCUGCGUCGAUGGUCGGGUUUACCGCAGGAGGUGGCUAUGGCACCUACGGCCAUUAUGCGCCUCAGGGUACUUCGGAUCUUCUGUCCAGACAUACCGACUCCGUCGGUCAAUUGAAAGACCCGUAUCUCUCGCAGAUACAGAGUUUGCAGAGGAACAUGAAUCCCAUGGCGAACUUUCGUGCGCACCCGGCCAUGAACCCUCAAGCCGCCAUGUCGCCACAUGCUCAAGCAAUGAGUAUUUCGUCUCCGCAGCAGUCUUACGAGAGGUUGCAACAGCAUCCCCAUCUGCAGCAUCGUCAGACAUCUCAUACGCAUCCGUCCGCACCUUCGCCUGCUGCUGCGUCGCCCAUGCUUGCGACUACUCAACCGCAGCAGACUCAGCCCCAUCAACAGCAGGGCCAACAGCAGGCUCCAGCGGGUCCAGCGGGUCCAGCGGGCCCAGCUGCUCCAGGUGCUUCCCAGCAACCUGCUCCUACACCCCGGAAGCGCGGCCGUCCCCGUAAGAAUCCCUUGCCGGAUGGAACACAGCCUCCGAAGCCUAAGCCUAAGAAAUCCGCUUCGUCCGCUGCAGGUGCACCCGCCCCUGCGGCCGCUGGUGGCGCAUCCGGCCCCGUUCCCAAUGCUGCCACUGGCGCAGCUACCGCUCCGGUUCCCGCCCCGGUUCCUGGCCCUGAUGGUACUGUCCCUGCCGUUCCUGUCAAACGAGGCCGCGGACGUCCCCGUAAGUCAGAGACAGCCGGAGGCACGACGACUCCCAAACCGAAAACACCGCGCAAGCCAUCCACCGCCAAGCCGGGUGGCACUGGGCGGCCACGCGGUCGUCCUCGCAAGGCCGACGUGGAAGCACGGAAGCGAGCCGAAGCCGAGGCAGAGGCACAAGCCCAGGAACAGGGACAGGGACAGGGACAGGUUCAGGCUCCGGCCCAGCCACAACCACAAGCGCAGCCGCAGGCUCAGUCGCAGGCCCCGGCUCAACCUCAGGUCCAGGCCCAUGCUCCGGUUCAGAUUCAGAUUCCCGUCCAGCCUCAGCACCAUGUCCAGCCUUCACCCCAGCCUCAGCCUCAGCCUCAGCAUCUUCAGCAUCAGGCAUCUCCGCACCUGCCCGCGCACGCGCAUGCUCUCGCGAACCAGCAUCAGCAUGGUCACCAGCAACCGCAUCCACACCAACAACACCAGCCGUCCGAUCCCAUGAUGCUGAACCCGCCCCAGAAGCGCGGCCCACCCCUGGACGCGAACGACCCGCGCAAGCGCGCCUACCUCAUGCCUCAUCAGCUGGCGCAGAUGGCACCGCAGCUGCAUCCGCAAAUGCACCCCCAGAUGCCACCGCACAUGUCGCCACAUAUGCCCCAGCAGAUGUAA